AUGAAAGCAUUUCUCAAUAUCUCCCUCCUCCUCUUCCUCCUCUCUCUCAUUCUCAUCACCCCUCCUUCAAACCCACUAACAUUCCACAUCUCCCGCUUCUCAUCCUCACCAUCCUCCCCCGUCAUCCUCGAGGGCGACGCGCAAGCCUCCGUCGGCGAACUCGAGCUCAACUCCGUCAACUACCUCUGCCGAGUCGGCCACGUCAUCUACAAACAUGCGAUCCCACUCUACGACAAAUCCUCCCACAAAACCGCCGACUUCACCACCCACUUCACCUUCACCCUCGACACCCAGAACCGCUCCUCCCACGGCGACGGCCUCGCCUUCUUCCUCGCCCCUCCCGCCUUCACAAUCCCCCCAAACUCCGCCGGCGGCUUCCUCGGUCUCUUCAACACCACCACCACCGACUCCUCCGCCACUCGCGUCCUCUCCGUCGAGUUCGACUCGUCUCCCGACCCAGAGUGGGACCCGCCCUACCCUCACGUGGGGAUCAACCGAAACUCGGUGGCCUCCGCCGCCACAUCGCCGUGGGACCUCGCGUCCCACAUCGGCGAACAAGCCGACGUGUGGAUUACUUACGAUUCCUCCGCGGAAAAUCUAACCGUCUUGUGGAGCUAUUGCAAAAAAGAGUCGUCGAAGAGGAGCCUCUCGUACAGGAUCAACCUACGAGAGGUCCUUCCCCCGUUUGUCACGGUCGGAAUCACGGCCGCCACUGGCGCGGACGUCGAGCGCCACACGCUGCAGUCGUGGGAGUUCAGCUCGACGAACCUCGAUAUUGUUGAUGAGAAGGAUGGAGAAGUAAACAGUAGGAUUGGGUUGGUUACCGGUUUAUCCCUUUCGGGAUUCGUUGUGAUAGUUUGUGUGUGCGUGAUUGCGAUCUGCGAGUCGUCGUCGUCGUCGGGAAAAAAAAAGGUUGAGGUUGCAGUCAAAACAGAUGAAGAUAAUAAAAAUAAUAAUUAUUCAGACGAGAUGGAUAAUUUGAGAUCUAUUAGUGACCAUCUGGACCGGACGUGGCCGAGGAGAUUCUCGUACCAAGAGCUCUCGACGGCUACACAGGAAUUUUCAGACGAGAAUAAGUUAGGGGAGGGAGGAUUUGGAGGUGUGUACAAGGGGCGUUUAUUCAGCUGGGAUUUGACAGUGGCUGUGAAGAGAUUUUCCAGUGCAUCCAAACAGGGUAAGAAGGAAUACAUAACUGAAGUGAAGACAAUAAGUAUGGUGAGGCAUAGGAAUUUGGUGCAGCUCAUAGGUUGGUGCCACGAGCGGGGCGAGUUUCUGCUGGUUUACGAGUUCAUGCCCAACGGCAGCUUGGAUUAUCACCUGUUUGGGAAAAUGCAUAAGCUUCUCGCGUGGGAUUCGAGAUACAGGAUAGCUGUUGGAUUAGCAUCCGCGUUGCUGUACCUGCACGAGGAGUGGGAGCAGUGUGUUCUUCACAGGGAUAUCAAAUCGAGCAAUAUUAUGCUCGAUUCGGGAUUCAAUGUGAAGCUGGGGGACUUCGGGCUGGCCCGAUUGAUGGCGCACGGGCUAGGGCACCAGACGACUGGUCUCGCAGGGACUCUCGGGUAUCUCGCGCCCGAGUAUGUGAGCACGGGCCGGGCCAGUAAGGAGUCGGACGUUUAUAGCUUCGGGAUCGUGCUGCUCGAAAUCGCGACUGGGAAAAAAUCGGUUCGUACGUUGGGUAAGGGUAAGAGUUUGUCGGAGUGGGUUUGGGAUUUUUAUGGGGAGGAGCGGAUUAUAUCGGCUUUGGAUGAGAGAUUAGGGAUGAAUUUGGAUGCGGAGCAGGCGGAGCGAUUGGUGACGGUGGGAUUAUGGUGUGCUCACCCGGACAGGAGAUUGAGGCCGUCGAUAAGGCAGGCGGUUAGGGCUUUGAAUUUCGAGGCCGAUUUGCCGAGGCUCCCGGCCAAAAUGCCGGUGGCAGUUUAUUGCGAGACGCCGAGCCAUUCGAUUAGUUCGGGGGAGGCUCUGAUAACGGUUACGAGUAUUGAGUCGGGUCGAUAG